CAGAGGCAGUCGAGGAGAGUAUUGACCGUGCCUGCGUUGGUUAUGCUGUCGGCUAAGGCGUCGCCGAGGGACUGUCCUGGCGCUGGGAGGACGCCCUGGUGCAGGAAAGAUAGAGGGAUCGCCAUGUCCGUCCAGAGUUCCUGGGCUCCGCGGGACGAAGAUGAAGGAGGAUAGGAAGUGUGCGUGGGAUAUUUUAUGAGCUGCUCGGCGGGGUGGCGUCGAUGGUUGAUGGCAACAAAGAAGUCAAGUGGUCGAAGUAAUUGUCGGGCGCAGGCUGCUGCGGGCGUGCACUCUACAAACGCUACCCGACCUGCUCGUCGUGAUAACUCGUCCAAGGGAGGAGACAACGAGCGCGGUGAUGAUCCCCUACGCCAUAUGAACCCCCCGCCAUUACAAUUGCAAGUUCUUUCUGCCCCAUCGGGCAACCGAGCCGGCUUGCCAGGCCCCGCAGUCCCCAGGCCCGAUUAUCCUUUAUUCCGCCCGACGAGCGCAUUGAAAACAAGGGCACAGCGCUUCGCUACUCCGUCCCUCCACGAGCACCAGCCUCUGGCGCGAGCCAGCUUCAACUUGGCAACCCAGGCCAGAGGAACAACCCAUCGCGGCUUACGACCGCAGCUUGCUCUUGGCGUGCGACCUUCUUUUCGGGCCACGGUUCGACGAAUGACGGCACCGGGGCAGCACAUGCGUCCAGCGGGGAACACCGACAAUUGCCAAGCCCCGGCGCGCCCCGGUAAGCCCGCGCUAUGUCCACGAGGGUCCGCGCCACCUGCCCUCCACGUUCGCCCUCCUUCUCUCGUGCAGCCCUUCGUGUGGCUGAGGUGUGAGCGCGGAUUCUUACACGCGAAGGCCAAUCGCUGCUACAGUUCGCUCGAGUGUCGGCGCGCUGGCGAUGGCUGGAUUGCGCAAGAUAAGCCCACGCUCCAUACCACGUUGGCGCGCCUCCGCAGCGGGCAACGCGCUCAGCGACGCCCGCCAUACGAUGAUCUACAAACCUGCUCAUACUCCUUGCCCACCGGGCAGCUGUUAUGUUUCGCAGCUCCCUCCGCAAUCCGUAGACUAGCACAAACAUCGAUAGAUUGCACUAAUGCACGAAAGAUUUCAGGACAGUGCACUACCGGCCAGGGGUGGGGAUUGGACGUAGACAAUAAAACAAACCCAAUGGCAAAAGUGCCUAGCGCUGCAGCUUCUUCCGAGACCUUCUGCGCAUCCUAGCUUCUGCUCACAACAUUCCUGCGAGGUGAAUAGACGAAGCAGUCGCCCUCCCGCACCUUCUUGCGCGGCCGCUCUUCUACACCUAAUCACCCUCCGUAUCACCUUCAUCGCACAAUCGUGCCAAGCCUUGUAGUUGAAUGUGUAGACGACGCCGUGAGGCUGUUGCAGCUGUUCGUACGCUGUACUCAUACACGUCGAAGACACUUAUCAUCGAUCUGGUCUGGGAAUCGUCGUGAGCGGACCGCAAGGGACGA